AUGGCUACUUCUGUGUUCGAUGCUGCGAAAUUGCCCUAUUCUGUCCGUCAGGAUUGGUCCGAUCUGACACCCAUCCCACAACAUGAACCAGGGUUUGCCCCGCUGUGUCCUAUCAUGUAUAGCAACGAAUAUCGUGAUGCCAUGGACUACUUUCGCGCGCUCGUACAAGCCGGCGAGCAUUCAAAGCGUGGCCUGGAGCUUACUGAACACCUGAUAAAUCUUAACCCGGCUCAUUAUUCUGUGUGGCAAUACCGUUGGGAGACCUUGCUCGAGCUUAAUUCGCCACUUGAAGAGGAACUGGAAUGGUCAGACGAGGUUGUACGGAGAUUUAUCAAGAACUAUCAAGGAUGGCACCAUCGCCGACUUUUGAUCACUAAACUACGCAAUCCGAAAAGUGAACUUUCCUUCAUCAGCGCAGCACUUAAACAAGACUCUAAGAACUAUCAUACUUGGGCCUACCGACAGUGGCUACUUGCUGAAUUCAAUCUUCCCGAACUAUGGGCGGGCGAGUUGGGAUACGUUGAAGAACUCUUAGAUGAAGACUUUCGUAAUAACUCAGCGUGGCAUCAUCGAUAUUUCCUGGUUUUCGGAAGUGGCGUUAGGCAGGGCGAAGAGGAUCGCGAAGCCAUCAUCCGACGUGAACUCACAUUCACGAAACAGAAGAUUGCUAUUGCUCCAAAUAAUCCUUCAGCGUGGAACUAUCUACGUGGUGUUCUCGAGCAUGGGCGCCUGCCGUUCUCUAACGAGAGACUAUUCGUGGAACUGUAUGUCGUAUCAAAGGAACCUAGUGAUCCACUUGUUCCUCGGUCUACGCUUUCCGAAGCUGCAGAUGAUGUAGUGGACCUGGAUAACCCUGGGCCGUCAGCACAGGCCGAAUUACCCGUGCCUCUAGCGAUAGAAUUCUUAGGAGACAUUGCUGAGGAAGAGGGCGACAAGGAAAAGGCCAUUGGUCUUUUCAAGUCCCUGGCUACUAAAUAUGACAUCACCCGGAAAAGGCGAGUGAUUCAAUAG